AUGGACGUGGACGUGGACGUGGACGUGGACGUGGACGUGGACGUGGACGUGGACGUGGACGUGGACCUGGACGUGGAGGUGGACGUGGACGUGGAGGUGGACGUGGACGUGGACGUGGACGUGGACGUGGACGUGGAGGUGGACGUGGAGGUGGACGUGGACGUGGAGGUGGACGUGGACGUGGACGUGGACGUGGAGGUGGACGUGGAGGUGGACGUGGACGUGGAGGUGGACGUGGAGGUGGACGUGGACGUGGACGUGGACGUGGACGUGGACGUGGACGUGGACGUGGACGUGGACGUGGAGGUGGAGAUGGACGUGGAGGUGGAGGUGGACGUGGAGGUGGACGUGGACGUGGACGUGGACGUGGAGGUGGACGUGGACGUGGACGUGGACGUGGAGGUGGACGUGGACGUGGACGUGGACGUGGACGUGGACGUGGACGUGGACGUGGACGUGGAGGUGGACGUGGAGGUGGACGUGGAGGUGGACGUGGACGUGGAGAUGGACGUGGACGUGGAGGUGGACGUGGAGGUGGACGUGGACGUGGACGUGGACGUGGAGGUGGACGUGGACGUGGACGUGGACGUGGACGUGGACGUGGAGGUGGACGUGGAGGUGGACGUGGACGUGGACGUGGACGUGGACGUGGAGGUGGACGUGGAGGUGGACGUGGAGGUGGACGUGGACGUGGAGGUGGACGUGGACGUGGACGUGGAGGUGGAGGUGGACGUGGAGGUGGACGUGGACGAGGACGUGGACGUGGACUUGGACGUGGACGUGGACGUGGACGUGGACAUGGACGUGGACGUGGACAUGGACGUGGACGUGGACGUGGACAUGGACGUGGACAUGGACGUGGACGUGGACAUGGACGUGGACGUGGACAUGGACGUGGACGUGGACGUGGACAUGGACGUGGACGAUGUGGACAUGGAUGUGGACGAGGACUGA